AUGGACACUCUGGAGUCAGAGCUGACCUGCCCAAUCUGCCUGGAGCUCUUUGAAGACCCGCUGCUGCUCCCCUGCGCCCAUAGCCUGUGCUUCGGUUGUGCCCAUCGCAUCCUCGUCUCCCACUGCGCCACAAACGAGUCCGUCCAUAGCAUCGGAGCCUUCCAGUGCCCCACUUGUAGAUAUGUCAUUUCCCUGAGUCCAGAGCGUGGACUAGAAGGACUCAAGAGAAACGUGACCUUGCAGAACAUCAUUGACAGAGUUCAACAAGCCUCAUCUUCAGCUGGGCUUCCUCUACCGUUGCCUUUGCCGACUCCCCACAGUGGACCCAACUCUCCCUCCGAAGAAGGGAGCAACCGGCUGGCUCUGGUACCCGUCAACGCCGCCAUGUCCAGCCCAUGUACCCCACCAGAGCCUGUCCAGUGCCAGUUCUGUGAGCAGGACCCACCUCAGGAGGCAGUUAAGACGUGCGUGACAUGUGAGGUGUCGUACUGCGAGGAGUGCCUCAAAGCAACUCACCCAAACAAGAAGCCGUUCACCGGUCACCGGCUUAUUGAGCCGAUGCCCGAUUCCCACCUCCGAGGGCUCCAGUGCCUGGAGCAUGAGGAGGAGAAGGUGAACAUGUACUGCGUAAGCGAUGAUCAGCUGAUCUGCUCACUGUGCAAACUGGUUGGAAGGCACCGGGAUCAUCAGGUGGCAGCACUCAGCGACCGCUACGAAAAACUCAAGCAAGCCCUGGAUUCCAACCUGAGCAAUUUAAUCAAGAGGAACAACGAGCUGGAGUCGUUAAUGGGGAAACUGAUCCAGACUUGUCAACACGUUGAGGUGAACGCAUCGCACCAGGAGGGGAAGCUCAUGGAGGAGUGUGACGUCCUGAUUGACAUCAUUCAGCAGAGGAAGCAGAUCAUUGGCAACAAGAUUAAAGAGGGGAAGGCUCAAAGGCUUCGAAAGCUGGCCCAACAGAUUUCCAACUGCAAGCAGUGCAUCGAGAGGUCCUCCGCCCUCAUUACACAGGCUGAUCAGACGCUGAAAGAAACCGAUCACGCUCGCUUCCUGCAGACAGCCAAGAGCAUCAACGAGAGGGUGUCCAUGGCAACUGCAUCAACCCAGGUACUGAUCCCUGAGAUACACCUCACUGACACUUUUGACACUUUUGCCCUGGACUUCACCAGAGAAAAGAAGCUGCUGGAGAAUCUGGAUUACCUCACAGCUCCAAGUGCUCCAUGCAUUAGGGAAGAGUUGUGCACGGCUUCUUACGACACCAUCAGUGUCCACUGGACGUCUGACGAUGAAUUCUCAGUUAUGUCCUAUGAGCUCCAGUACGCCAUCUUCACGGGACAGUCCAACAUAGCCAGUCUAUGUAAUUCACUGGAAAGUUGGAUGAUUGUUCCAAAUAUCAAGCAGAACCACUACACAGUGCACGGUUUGCAGAGUGGCACCAAGUACAUCUUCAUCGUAAAGGCCAUUAAUCAAGCAGGAAGCCGGAGCAGUGAACCAGGGACUCUAAAGACCAACAGUCAGCCAUUUAAACUGGACCCCAAAUCUGCUCACAAGAAGCUGAAGGUGUCGCAUGAUAAUCUCACGGUGGAACGUGACGAAAGCACAUCCAAGAAAGGCCACAGCCAGGAUCGGUUCACCAGCCAGAACAGCUAUGGCGUGGUGGGGAACGUCUAUAUUGACAGUGGGCGUCACUACUGGGAGGCUUUGAUAGGUGGCAGCACAUGGUACGCUAUAGGUAUUGCCUACAAAUCAGCCCCCAAGCAUGAGUGGAUUGGAAAGAACUCGGCCUCUUGGGUGCUCUGCCGCUGCAACAACUCCUGGGUGGUUCGCCACAACAGCAAGGAGCUGGCCAUUGAGCCAUCGCCCCACCUACGUCGCAUAGGGAUCUUGCUCGACUACGAUGCUGGCUAUCUGUCCUUCUACGAUGCAGUGGGCUCACAGCACCUCCACACAUUUAAUGUCUCUUUCGUUCAGCCUGCGUGUCCCGUGUUCAAUGUGUGGAAUAAGUGUCUGACGAUUCUUACUGGUCUACCCAUCCCUGACCAUUUAGAGGGACUUGAACCAAACAAUUAAAUCUGCAAUCACCGUCAAGUCAUUAUGGUAAGACUGUUCUGGGAAAGAGUUUGAGAAAAGGUCAUACUGAUAGGAAAAGCACAUAAGAGAUUCAUCCUCUUUUGCUAUGGUUAAAACACAAAAACAUCUACCUUCAACUCUUAACAGCAGCUAUGAAACACUUUUAGAAAACUAUGAACACGUGGUCAGAUACUGUAUAUAUACAGCUUUUCCCAUGUGGUUUUCUUUGGUCCAAACCAUAGCUGACAGGCUGCUCUGGAAUAAAUGAGCAAUUGACUUUUCCGAACAACAAGCUAGCAUUUUUGCUACGUUACUGAGCGUUGCUGGUUUUCCCAAAUGCACUUUGGAUAGGGUACUUGUACUGCAAAAAGAAAGUGAGCCACAAAUCAAUUUCUAACAUUUAUACAUUACGUUGUCAGACAUUGCACUUUGAAAAUCCUUAAAAGUACACACAAUGCAUUCAUAGAAACGCCAAUACAUUUAAAAUAAACCACGGUUGCUGGGAAAAGUGGUAAAUAUGUAUAUUUUGUAAAAUUGUCGCACAUAAUGCUGCCCUUAUCUUUUCCUGCUUCAGUAAAAAAGGAAACCAAAGUAGCCAUGGCUGUUUGUUCAGAUAAAUUUUAUUCUAUCAUAAGAAGUACUGAAAUAUUUUUUAAAACGUGA